AUGUCUUCAAGCAACAAGGUCAUCAAUGUCGAGUACCGCGGCCGUGUCGCCAUUAUUACCAUUGCCAAUGAAUCCAAGCUCAAUGCCUUGUCCCAACCCGAUUACUACGAACUGGCACAAAGUUUGAGAGAAAUCGCCACACACAACGAAGUCUUCAUCACCGUCAUUUUGGCAAAGGGCCGCUUCUUCUCUGCCGGCGCCGAUGUAUCCAUCACACGAGCAGCCCCGUCAGCUGACAACCCUGACAUGCACAAGCACUGGCUCCAGAGCUUUGUGGCCUUCAACCUCAACAUCUGCCACGCCUUCAGCACGCACCCCAAGAUUCUCGUCAUUGGCCUAAACGGACCUGUCAUCGGUCUCUCGGCUGCCCUUACUGCGUUUGCCGACUUUAUCUACGCCGCCCCCUCGACGUUCCUGCUCACCCCCUUCUCGAGUCUUGGUCUCGUGGCCGAGGGAGGCGCGAGUCGGGCCCUGGUGCAGAGACUGGGACCUGCGAGGGCCAACGAGGCUUUGAUCAUGAGCAAGAGAAUCACGGCCCCAGAGCUGGUCCAAUGCGGCUACGUGAACAAGAUCUUUGAGACAGGCAACGGCGAGGAUGCCAAGUUCAGAGAGCUUGUGCUGCAGGAAGUGGAUGACCGCCUGGGCGAGCACCUCAUUGGGAGCAGCCUGAUCGGUAUCAAGGCCCUCAUUCGUCGGCCGGAGCUGGAUGUCAUUGACGCGCAGAAUGUGAAAGAGGUGUUCGCCGGUCUAGACCGCUUCACUUCGGGUGUUCCGCAGGAGGAGUUCCGCAAGAUUGCAUCGGGUGAGAAGAGGCACAAGUUGUAG